AAGUUGCUCCCUUCCCUCUCGACCUCACUCGAGGACAUCUUUACCCACUGGGAAAAAACUCCCUCGAAUUCCAGGAGAAGAAAAGUGAGUGAUGAGGAGGCAGCCAUCCCAGAAAAGAUCAGAGUUCCUGAUCCUGUGAGCAGCUCUGAGAGUUCAGAGAAAGAAGAGGAUGAAAAAGAGAAGGCGAAAGCUGCAAACGCAGCCAGCCUUUCCCUGGCCACGAACUCGGGAGUGAAUGUAGAAAGCAGUGAAGAUGACGACUCCUCAUCAGAAGAGGAGACACCAGCUCGAAAAGGGACAGUUACGGUGACACCAGCUGUGGUGAGCAGCAAAGCUGCCAACUCCCUGCAUUCUCCCAACAAGCCCGCUGCCCCAGCAGGCAAAGCAGCAGUGCUCUCUGCUGCAGACAGAACUGUGGUCUCCAGCAAGCAGCAGCCCGCUGUGCCAGCUGCCCCUGCAGCUCCGGCCAAGGCCGGGCAGAAGCUGCCUGCUCCUGGAAAGCCCGGACAUGCCGCAACAGCCACGGCCAAAGUAGGUCAAAGCAAAGCACCAGUAACGACCAAAGCACCUGAAAGCUCCAGCAGCAGCAGCAGCAGCUCCUCAUCGGAGAGUGAGGAGGAAAAAGAGAUGCCGCCUGCGAAGGCCCCAGCCCCCAAAGUGGAGCCGAAGCAGGCAGCUGGGGCCGCUGAGAGCAGCAGUGAGGAAUCAAGUGAUGAGACAUCCUCCGAGGAGGAGGAGCUUGCACCUCCAACGGUCCAGGCAAAGCCAGCUGUGAAAACAGGGCAGGUUAAUGCGACACCUGUGAAAAGUGCCCCUGCUGCUCCAGCGUCCCUCAAGAAGAAUGCGGCGAGGCAAACGGCACCGGCACCGAGCCCGGCCAAACCUGCAUCCACGACGGUUCCUGGGGCUGCAAAGCCCGAUGACACGUCAGAGAGCAGCGACUCAUCAGACAGCGAAGAGGAGGAGCCUCCAUCAGUAACCCAAACAAAGCCACCGCCAGAAUCCUCCCAGGCCGUCCCAUCCCCAGCGAAACCUACACCAGCAGCAUCGCUCUCUGGCAAAGCAACUGCAGCAAAAACACUUCCACUGUCCCAAGGGAAGCCAGCACCAAAACCAGUGCUGAAGCAGGCCAAAACCACACUGGGAAGGACUGCUGCUCCCACAAAGCCUGCGGAAAGUACAAAGCCAGUGGAGAGCUCUGACUCCUCAGGCAGUGAAGAGGAGGAUCUCCCUGUGCCUGUCAGCCAGAAGAGGUUAACAGAACAGCCUGGGCCUGUUCCCAACCUGAGCCAGGCUGCUAAAGCUGGGCCAACUGAAAAAGCAGUGGGAAGCACCUUGAAAAGCCAGGCCUCAGAAAGUGGGAGCAGUGACUCGUCUGACAGUGAAGAGGAGUCCCCUGCGGCACAGACACAGACUGCUUUUCCUGCAGUGAAAAACAACGCUGUGCCCCAGCCAACAAACGUGAAGAAGGCACCGGCGCCAGCCCCUCCACCUGUGGACAGCAGCGAUGAUUCCAGCGAGGAGUCAGAUUCAGAGGAGGAAAUAGUCCCCCCUUCUCAGGCACUCCCAGGUCCUUGUCUAAAGCAAACGGUUCCUGUGGGAAAAGCUCCUCCAGCCAACCCUGCCACCCCGCAAGCUCCUUCACUCCUCGGAAGUCCUGCUGCCAAGUUGAAGAAGCCAGGCCUGAAGCCAUCACAGGACACCCGCCCGAGCCAGGCUGCACCACCCGCCCAGGCAGAGGAGACCUCAGACAGUAGCGGUUCUUCAGACAGCGACGAGAAGGAGACACCCAAGCAGCCCCCCAAACCUGGCUCGCUGCAGAAACCAGGGGGGACCCAGCCGGCCCAUAGCUCCUCCUCGGAGUCCAGUGAGGAGGAGGAAGAGGCAUCGUCGCAGUCCCUCCUUACAGGUUAUUUGGGCCUCUCCAGGGCUCCAGCAGCACCCCAGGCACCAAAGACGGUUCCCCCCCAGCCUGCAGGCAAAGUGGGCCAAGGCAAAGCAGCCGUGACUGCUGCGAACUCCCUCGCCAAGGCCUCGGUGAAAGCAGCCCCAGCUGACAGCUCCAGCAGUGACAGCAGCGACUCCGACGCAGCCCAGGUGGCUGCAAACCACAAAGCAGAAAACAACCCCCCUCCAGGGCAGGAAGCCACAGGAGCCUCCGACAAAGAGAAGGUGUCAGGAAAAACAGAGCCAGGUCACGCCAGCCUCAAACCUUCCUCACUCAAGAAAACUGUGGCCACGAAAGAGAACGAUGUUGGGGCAAAAGAGGCAAAAGUGACGCCAGCGUCGCAGGCGCUGUUCUCCAUCCCACAGCCAGAGGAGCCGAGCUCGGGGAGCGAAACAGAGGUCACCACUGCUCCCAAAGCUCCUGCAGCGCAAACACUGGAAGGGUUGGAAGUGAAGAAGAAGAAGAAAAAGGAAAAAAAAGAGAAGAAGGAAAAGAAGAAGCCUUCCUCCACGACAGACAAGGCUGUGAAAACAUCUAAGAGCAAAGACAAAGAGAACAAGAAGCAGAAAGCGUCUCAGAAGCGGAAACUGCCGGGAGAGGAUGGGGCUGUUGGGCAGCCCAAGGAGAAGAAGCGGAAAGGGCAAGCUAAUGAAGAAGUACCCAAAAAGAAAAAGAAGAAAGCAGCUGGCGACCUGGAGAAGCUGCCAGGCAGCAAGGAAAAGAAAAAAUCAGCUAAAAAAAAAAAGACUGGAAAGGAAAAGAAGAAGAGCAAAAAGAUGUCUUCAGAAGGGGAGCCUGCAGCAGAUGGCUCUGCUGAGGUUCACAAGAAGAAGAAGAAGAAGAAGAAAACAGCUGAGCCUGAAGGAUUGUGA